AUGCUGGGUAAACUGUGCGAAAAGCUUUGCUGUGGUGGCAAGGGAGAAAGAGACGACGGUACCGAAGAAAACGUCCGCCCUGUCAACUUGUCCCCAAAGGAUAAGGAUGAGGUUGUGUUUGAAGGGGGCAAAUCUCGGAUUGAGGACACCCGAAACGCGAAUGUCGAACGACCUGUCAAUGAUUCGCAGGAUCUAAAUAAAAAAGCAACCGAAAAAAACUUGAAAACUCAAAAUUCCGAUCAAAAAGACGAAGUGAAGUGUCUGGAGCAGGCCGAGCAUGAUGGGGUCGAUGCCGACGUGUCUCCCAUACGCAAGCAACAUCCAAAGGAAGAUAGUCUGGGAAAAGACAACGAACUGAAGGAAUAUCACAAGCAUGACGAAGCCAGGACCUCCAAGUGCCCAGUAUCUGAGACAACGCCCCUGAAUAAGGAAGCGAACAAGGGGAACAAUACACCCGGCAAUGCAGACCUUUGGCAAAGAGCCUUUGACGAACUUGAUGAUGAUUUGAAGGGACAGCUACGUGAAGACAAAGCUAUAUCACCAGAAAAUGCCAUCAAGGAGGUUAUUGAUGGAACGAAAAAAAGCUUUGAAGCAUAUCAAAACGGGGGACUGAAGUUCAAGAAGCGCGAUGGAAAAGAAAGCAAUGUUCGCGAUGUGGCCAAAAAGAUUCUCAACUCGGCUAUCGAAUGUUCGGAAAUUGUCACAGGGCUAGCAGCUUUUGACCCUAGUGGCCAUGCUUCAAGCGCGUGGACGAUUAUAUCGCUUGGGUUGAAGAUGGCCACAAACUAUAGCGAUCAAAGAGAGGCCGCGUUCCAAUCAUCUGAGUUUCUUGCCGAUAUACUGGCUCGAUACAUUAUACUCGAUAAAUGUUGUCGUACAAAAGAGCUACCCAGCUCUGAUGGGCUUGAUAAUGCGGUUACGCGAGUAUACAAAGCAAUUCUCGAAUACACAGCAGAGGUCAAAAGGCGAGAGAGAGCAACCAAGUUGGAUCGCAUGAGGAACAGUAUCUUUCCGGAUUCCGACACAAAAUUGUCAAAUCUUCAGUCGGCCGUGGAGAAACAGGAUCAAACAGUCACAUAUUGGAGCCACAUCAACAAUAUUCUACAUCAAAGUACCAAGGCAGACGAAAUACUUGCCAGUCUUGAAAAGGUCUAUCAAAAUACACAGACGAUACUAGUCAAAGUUAAUUUGGAGGAAAAGCACAAAAUCCUCGAUUGGCUGUUCAAUGAAGACCAAUACUCUAAGACUCAGAAUGACAACCAAAAGAUUCGAACAGACAACACUGGGGGUUGGCUUUUGUCUUCAAAUGAGUAUAAAAAGUGGAAGAUUACACCAGGCAAUCUUUUGUGGUUACAUGGACCUGCUGGCUGCGGAAAAUCAAUUCUUUGCUCUACCAUCAUUCAAGAUAUCCAAAAUCAUUACAGCAAUGAUUUGUCAAGUAUAUUUGCCUACUGGUACUUUCAAUUCAGUCGCAAUGAGACACAAGAUGUGAAAAACAUGACCAGGGCUAUUAUUCGACAACUGGUAGCUGAAGAGCUUCCAGAAUCGCUUGUGAGUCUAUGGGGAAAAAAUGCUAAUCACAAUCACAUUCCAGACCAAGCCAUGUUCUUGACAGUUCUCGAUGAUGUUAUCAAAAGCUAUACGGGAGAUCAUAUAUUCCUUAUCUUGGAUGCACUCGAUGAAUGUCCCGAUAAUAAGGUUCGGGAGAGGGAUCUGAUGCUUCGGACUCUAAAGGAUCUGAUAAAUAAGCAUGGAAAAAAGAUCCAUCUUCUGGCAACAAGUCGAUUUGAAGAGGAUAUUCGCUGCCACCUGGAGGGGAGUUCAAGAAUAGAUCUUGAGCGCCAAAUGGAAGACGAUGUUAAAGCUUUCGUCUGCAAAGCAUUCGAGAAGGAAGGAAGGCUAAGCAAAUGGGGAAAGAAUGAAAGGGUCAAAGACCAAAUCAUGGUAACGCUAUUGGACACAAAGGAACCAAGGCGUUUUCGUUGGACCGAUCUACAAAUCGAAAGACUUAAAGAUUGCACAAAAGAGGACAGAGUUAAUCAAAGCCUUAAGACAAUUCCGAGAACUCUGGAAGAGACAUACCGUGGAAUCCUUCGAAAAAUCCAUCAAGAAGACCAGGUGGACGCGCGCUUGAUACUCACAUGGCUCAGUUUCUCUCUCGUGCCGCUCAAGCUAGAGGCAGUUGCAGCAGCAGUGUUCUUUCCAUGUCACGAAGAUGUUGUCAAGAUUUGCACUACUAGUUUGGUCACUGUUAGUCCAUCAGACGGCACUAUUAAACUCGCCCAUUUCUCGGUGAAAGAAUUUCUGGUUUUGGACACUGAGCAGCCAAGCCCUUGGUAUCACUUGACUGUAGCCUACGGUCAUUUCGACAUAGCUAAUCGUGCCCUUGAUGAGCUACUUUGCAGGACUACUGAUCUGACUAUAGAGUCUGCAGACGAUCUGCCGCUUUUGAAAUAUAGCGCUGAUUAUUGGGGCGCACAUUUUUCGGAGCUUACUGGUUCUGGUGCCAAAUUCCCGGACCUAGAACACAAGAUAUACUGCCUAUUUGAGGAGCCCAUAGUCUACUUGAACUGGCGGCGUAUCGCUCGAAAUAAUUUUGUGCUUGGCUUAUGGGUUAUAGCUCAUACUCAUUUUGAGCCACCCAUCUACAUGGCCUGUGAAUUGGGGAUGCAGAGUGUUGUUGAGAGACUACUCUUACACGGGGCCGAUCCUUGUGCGGGAUUUUUUCGUUAUCGUUCAACCGACCUCUACAGAAAGACAUUUGAAGUGGCUGCUUGGAAUGGUCAUAUUACCAUCGUAAAGCUGUUGCUGGAAAACAUUGAGAUUUCGUUGGAAAUAGCAUCGAGCAUUGUGCAGUUCAUUAAUCUCAACAAGGCUUCGCGUGAAGAAGUCAAAUCCCUUCUAGACAUACUUUUGAGCACUGAAGCAUUGUACGACAAGCCCGCAAAUGGAUGUGUUCGUUUGAAUGAAGGUUUUGUGACAGCCACAGCGAAGAACUGCAAGUCAGGUCAUCAGAUCAUGCGCCUUCUUUUGAAUAUGCAAGACAAUCUGGAAGUUCCAGUUACUCAACGUGUUCUUCUACAAGUGAUAGAGAAUACGUUUUGCGGUGAAGAAAUGAUGCGAAUAAUUUGUGACAGGAAACAAAAAGACAUUCGAAUCACUGAAAACAUCAUAUCCAGGAUAGCCUUGGGUUCUGGCAAACUUCCCAGUAUAGCGACUCUAUUUCUACAAAGCUUCGGCGCUACUGUUCCUUUGGAUUACCAUAUGAUCGAGAAUUUCGUGAUACAUGGAUCGGUGGAGGUAGUAGACCUGCUUUUUCAGAUCCACGGUGAUAAAAUUCAAGUCACAGAGGACUUAUUAGUCCUUGUUUCUCGUAGUCAGCGCAACAGCAGUGCAGUGUUUAACUCUAUCUGGAAAAGGGCGUCUGGUAUAAAAAUCGGAAAGGUUCUAUCACAGAUUACGGCCUUUUCACAUGGAUCAGAUCAUGCAGAGCUAUUACUAGCGGGAUGUGAUAAAGGCUAUUUCCUUGAACAGGAAAUAAUCCAAAAAGUGGCAAGGCAUUCUUCUAAGCCUGCCGUGAUGCGAAUGCUUUUGGACAAACGAGAGGCAGGACUGGUUGCUUUUGAUGUUUCACAGGCAACAAUGAUGGCAGCUGCUUCUAACUUCACAAAUCCACAAGAAAUGAUGGAACUGGUCAUUAACAACGCGAACUCAAAAAUCUUGAUCAGCGAGGAGGUUUUAUGCUCGGCAGUUCGCAGCAGGCUCAGAGGAGGAUCUGCUUUGAAGUAUUUGCUUGGUCUUGAUGAGAAUCUGCUGAUCACUGAGGAAGUAAUUAUUUCCGCAGCAACAAACAGUUUAAGAAGGGAAGGGAUAUUGAAAUUGCUAUUCAACAAAUUCUCAGGCUCUUCGCUGACAUAUCGUUUCUUUGAGACAGCUUAUCAGAAUCAUUGUCUGUUCGACUUAUUAACAUUCUGGUUAGAACAAGGUCGUCAUGUACAGGAUUGCCAAUUGAUAGGGACACUUUUGGAGCAUGGUCUUGUGGAAUUAAGGCAGAUUGCGAAGCUGCUUCAUAAAAGACUGAUUGAACUCGAUGACAAUCUUGUGGAUGCAAUAGGGACCGAAAAGUCUCUUACUGUGGCAUUUCAAAGUCGCCAUGUGAUGGAAACGCUGUUGGGUUUACAAAGAAAUGAUCUCACAGUUAACGAAGAGGCUGUAUUAAAGGCUCUGGAUAAAGUUCAUGUGGACCAUGAAGCCUUGAAAUUACUCACCGAUCGACUGGGAUCCGCAGUAGCUGUUACACAGAGGACUUUGGAAGUCGCUUUUUUCAAUCAUGAAUUCGAACUCUUUGAUUUGUUGCUGAAAGAGGGGGGAGACUGGGAUCUUCAAAAGAUUUGGGAUACGAUUUGGCGACAUAAUACUUACGUCCAAGAUAUUGUGACAACUGCAAAUACCCUUCUUAAGUAUGGAGAGUUUGAUAUCUCACAGAACCUGCUGGACUUCCUUCUAUUGGAAGAUAGAAGAGAAAGCCUCGACGAUUAUGACUUUGAGACAUUGGCUGAUUUCUAUGCUGAGCAUGAUAUGUCCGCCCCAGCCCUUGAAGUGCUCACAGAGAUACUGCUUGGACAAGGCCGCGCGAAACCCAUCCUCAAAAUCAUCACUCGACCGGGGUUUGCGGUACCCAUUACAGAGACGAUUUUGGAUGCGCUAUGGCAGAAUGACCACAUCUCUGAUAAGUACAAAGUGCUAAUCUCAAAUAUUCUUCCAAAAACUGGGGAUUUUGUUAUUUCACAGACACUGUUGAAAUUUCUUCCUUUCUAUAGCCUGACUGAAGAGGGCCUGACUGGUGAGAGCCUGACUGAAGAGGGCCUUCAUGAGCUGGUCGAUCUAUACACUGAGCAUGAUCUAUCAGCUCCUGCUACUGAAAUGAUCACCAAGAUACUCUUCGAAUUGGGCCAGGCGCAUGACAUCAAGAGAUUGUUCUUCAAAAAUCCCACUUUCGAACUCACGGACGACCUUCUGCAGCUUGCAGAAAGAAAUCAACGGGCAUACAAGUCAAUCCUGAUGCCUUUCCUCAACGCGAAAAGAGCCGCGGAUCAGAAUGUCAAGGUUUCCGAAACAAAGACCGAAGCAGAAGAAGUCCAGCCCAUGUUACUUUGA